AGGGGAGGGCAGAUUCUCUAGAUAGGAGUGCGAACUGAUUUGGAACCUACUUUAUGUUCUCAAUCACGACCUCAUUCUUGUAGUUGACUGGAUCGUCAUAAUACCUCUCAUUUGUGUCGAGGUGAGCUGAGUUUAGUUGCCUCGCGCCCAUAUGCCAGGACCGGUCAUGCCGAGCACGACGGGAUAUCUCAUCAAAGGGAAUACUUCUGAUUUGUCAUAGUGGACCUUCAGCUCAGCUCAGAUCCACAUUGAGUGUCGUUGUUGGGGAGGAGGUUUCCUGCCGGGAAGCUCGAGCGUGACUUGUAUGAGGGCUUUGGCUUGGCUUGGCUCGGCUCCGCACGGCGAGGAAGUAUGCGUGAUAAGGAAACACUUCUGCAUCGAUCUGACGACGAAUGUGGUCGGGAGGGAGAGAGACUGCUUAGAGUUCUUGAGAGUGUUGUAGGAGAUUUGAAGUGCUACGAGCUCCUGCUGAAGUUGGUGCUGAUGGCAUUCCUACGACCAAUGUCUCAUUUUUCUGCACUCAUUGCAAGUGCAUGGUAUCAAGCUCAGAGUAGCAGACGAUGAAGAGCUAUUUUUGUUACUAUUAUAAGAUCUUUCAUGAGAAUGCCAAGGGGUAUUACAAGAGGUAGUGUACCUCUGAGGAGAAUAAUUUUGAAAAUAGUAACGAGAGGCAUCGCGGUUGUGAAACUCAUUUUGAUCUCGGUUGCUCAAUUUCUUCAGUAAAAAAUGUGGUAGCCACGAUCAUUGUUGGAUCAUUGGAAUGAAGCAGA